GGCCGCCUCGGGAGCGCGCCCGGCCCGAGGAUGCGCCAGGCGGGACGACGCCGGUGGCCCGGCCGGGCACAGGAGCUGUGGAUGGAACACCUAACUGAGGAGCCAAACCUUUUAUUGAAGGCCUGUGUGUAGACCCUGAUGCUUGAACGAAUGAAUGAAGAAUAAAAAUGCUCCCUGGAGUGGGCGUGUUUGGAACUGGUAGUGCUGCCCGUGUCCUGGUACCUCUGCUGAGGGCAGAAGGCUUCUCCAUUGAAGCUCUUUGGGGGAAGACUGAAGAGGAAGCCAAACAGCUGGCAGAGGAAAUGAACAUCUCCUUCUACACGAGUCGGACUGACGAUGUCUUGCUGCAUCAGGAUGUAGAUUUGGUUUGCAUCAACAUCCCUCCACCGCUGACUCGGCAAAUUGCUGUGAAGGCUCUAGGAAUAGGGAAGAACGUGCUGUGUGAGAAAGCUGCUACCUCUGUGGAUGCCUUCAGGAUGGUCACAGCUGCCAGGUAUUACCCCAAGCUGAUGAGCAUCGUUGGCAACGUUCUGCGUUUCCUGCCCGCCUUUGUGAAGAUGAAGCAGCUGAUAGAGGAACACUACGUGGGCAACGUCAUCAUCUGCGACGUGCGAGUCUACGGGGGCAGCCUGCUCAGCCACAAGUACAACUGGAUCUGUGACGAGCUCAUGGGAGGGGGUGGGCUGCACACCAUGGGCACCUACAUCAUCGACCUCCUGACUCACCUCACCAGCAGGAGAGCGGAGAAGGUCCACGGCUUGCUCAAGACUUUUGUGAAGCAGAACACGGCCAUCAGCGGGAUCCGCCACGUCACCAGCGACGACUUCUGCGUUUUCCAGAUGCUCAUGAGCGACGGUGUCUGUUGCACUGUGACCCUCAACUUCAACAUGCCCGGAUCGUUCAUCCACGAGGUCAUGAUUGUGGGGUCUGCGGGUCGCCUCAUCGCUCGUGGGACAGACUUGUACGGGCAGAAGAACACCGCGCUCCAGGAAGAGCUGCUGUUUACAGACUCUCUGCCUGUCAACAAGGGCCUUCUGGAUAAGGGCUUUAAGGACAUCCCGCUGCUCUACCUGAAAGGAAUGGUGUACAUGGUGCAAGCCCUGCGGCAGUCUUUCCAGGACCAGGAAGACCGUCGGACAUGGGAUCAUAAACCUGUGUCUAUGGCAGCCUCUUUUGAAGAUGGUCUGUACAUGCAGAGUGUGGUAGAGGCCAUCAAGAAAUCCAGUAGGUCAGUGGUGGUUGGCUCCUGUGGCAGAGGCAGAGCAACCUGUGGCAGGAUGUGUGAAGGGCCAUCCAGGAUUUCUGGGCCCAUUCCUCCAGACCCAACACUCUUUCCAGAGUAUUACAGACGCCCCUUCUCAGCUCGAGGGAGGCUGGAAGGAAAUGCUCAGAAGCUGUAUUUAAGCUGUGGCCCCCUGGAGCCAGUUCCCAACCCCUUCCCUGCUUUGGGCAGUGCCCGCCAGGCUCAGCCAGCCCCUCGCAUCCGCCCCAGCGGAAAGGACUUCCUGGAGAGGGGACAGAAAGGGACACUCAGCCUCCUACUGCAGCUCCAAGGGAUCUCCCUUGAUGAGGGGAUGCCAGUUAAGAGGAAAGAGGCCAAGGACUACGAGAAGGAAAAUGUGAGGAGGAUAAAGGAGAUUCAGAAGAAGUGCAAAGAGAAAGAGCGAGCCCAAGAGCACAGCCGGCCCAAGCCUGUGAAAGCUCUGUGGAAAUCCCAGAAAUACGAAAAUGUGGAGUCAAAGGUGAAGGCCAAAUUGCAGGAGACCUCCCCACCUCCAAAUCCCGAGGCUGUGAAUUUCCUGAGGGCGUAUUCUCGCUGUGGCUCUGGGAUCAAGCCAUGCAGACCACUGUCCCCAAGGCCCGUCAGAGCAAAAGCAGGGGCAGACACAGAGGCUCCAGAGGCAGAGGGUGCUGAAACCAAGAUGCAGGUGGAGGGCAGGAGCAUUGACUUCAUCAGGCACAACGCCUGCGCUGCCAAGCGGGCCCCGCUGCGCCGCUCCCAGUCCCUGCAGGCGCUGGCCGAGCUGCUGCAGCAGAAGCACCGGGAGCAGGAGGAAUACAACGCCAAGCAAAAGGGCCACGUCCCCCAGUACCUGCUGGAGAGGAAGGAGCUGUGGCGCAAGCAGAUGGAGGAGCGGCUGCGAAACCUGCCAGACCCCGACACGCCGCCCGGUCACACCAUGAUGCCCGAGAGCCAGCGGCUGGAGACCCUCAGCAAUCUGAAACAGAGCCAGGAGCAGCUGAUAAAGGACCUGGUUCUGCUGCCAAUGCGUGGAGACAGCCUCAAGAUGCAGAAGAGGCGCGUAGAGCUCGAGAGGAAGCUCUCCCAGAUAGACGAGGCGAUCAAAAUUUUCUCAAGGCCGAAAGUCUUCAUCAAGCUGGACUCCUGAGCUGGUGGGGCCAGGUGUGCUGUGCUGCUCUGCCUGAACAGCCUUUGUCACCGGGCAGGAAUGGACAUCGCUUUUUGGAAAGGAAGGAGAGGAAGGCGAGUUCCAGACUCUGGGCCGUGCAGGUGCUGAUAACAGUGUCCAGUAUGCAGCUGGCAUCUCUUGCUCACCUUUCAGUGCUGUAUCUUGUCCACAGGAAAGGGAGGGAGAUGCCCUGAUGAAGGCCCUGCUCAGUGGUCUGGAGAACAGUUGUCUCUGCUGCUUGACUUCUUGCAGAUCAGCUCUUGGCUCUGGAUCUGUGGCAUCACCUCUUACUUGCCCUUUUUUUCCUACUUCUAGAAAGUGGUAGGAGGUCUCCUGUGCUGCUGCCUGUGGUAUUCCUUGUCACUCUCUUUGUCCUGAGCUGGACUGUGGUCAUGGCUCAUCCUGAGCACCUGAGGGCUCAGGGGGCAGCGUGGGGACAAGAAACAGACACGGAGCUUCAGUGUUUUCUGCCCAGGGAAGGGCUGGGCUGUCAGAAGGGUCUGGUCAGAUGUCUGGAGAAGCCUUUCUUGUCUGUGUGGCAGGAGAUACUCGAAUAAAUCAUCAUUUCCAUCCUGCA